AUGUACCUUGAAUUCUGCGAGCCCAUACCCCAAAGGCAUACUCGUCACUUGUGGAUCACUUACGACACCAUUAAUUUCACAGUCAACUCCAGCAACACCACUAUUGACUCCGUUAGCCAGGAGGAUAUUGCCUUUGUACGCUCUUGCUUCGUGUCCCUGUCCCAGCAGAAGUCUGGGCAGAACCCCGAAAGCAAGAACUCUGAGCCAACUGCAGAAAAGCAAGAGAAAUCUGAGAUGACCCACCAACAGAGAGAAGAGAUUGAGCGCUCCAAAUUCUUUCGAUUGUUGAUUGGGGGUCGCCGACUAUUGAGGGUGUUAGACUUCAGAGGUGCAGAAUUCAUCAAAGGUCUCCCGGAUCAAUUGGGUGAUCUAGUCCAUUUACGUUAUUUGGGGUUUAGGGGUACAAAAAUCAAAAAACUCCCACAAUCCCUGUCCAGAUUACCCAAUUUGCAGUGUCUAGAUAUCAGAGAAACAGAGGUGAGCAGCUUACCACGUUCCAUGAUGAGGCAUGAUAAGUUCAGGCAUCUUCAAUUUGCAAGGUCGUUUAUGAGAAAGGUGGUGGAUAUGCAGCUGACAAAGAAACUAGAAGCUCCCCACCUGCAAACCCUUGCAGGAGUAAAAUCCACCAAUCCUUUGCUGAAAACGCUUGGACAAUGGAUUCAACUCCGGAAAUUAUCAAUUGGUCACGUUAAAGUCAAAUGUUUUGGCUCUCUCACCCGGCUAUAUUUGUGGGACAACAUGUUGGAUGAUGACCCAUUGCAGUGCCUAGAAAAUCUCAACAAUCUCGUUGUUCUGUGUCUAUCAAAUGCCUAUUGUGGAAAGAAAAUGAAAUGCUGCGAAGGAUGGUUCCCUAAUUUGAAGAAACUAUCCAUUCAGCGUAUGGGAAAGCUUGAGGUGUUUGAAAUAGAGAAAGAUGCAAUGGAAGAUCUCGAAAAUUUCUUUGUUGGUUAUUGUCCCAGAUUACAGCCAACACGCGAAGGUUAUCCACGAUACAUUGAUGUUAGCAGAGACCUGGACAAGCUCAGACAUCUGAAGCUUGUGCAAGCCUCUCAUAUGCCACUAGAAUAUGCUAAAGGGCUGGCAUCAGAACUCCCCGGGGGUGCUCAUGUGGUUCCGCAGAACGAGUUCAAAGAUCAAUUCCGGGGAGGAGGUCGGGUUAUUAAAGACAUAGGAGAGUCCUAUAUGCGGUUCAGACAAUCCGAAAGAUUUGAAGCAAUGCGUGUAGAACAAAUGCAAAGUGCACUUUCUGCUUUUCCUUAUUUUCGUUGA